AUGCAUCACGCUCUCGCAAUUCUCGAUUUGAAACUGUCGUGAGUCAUUCGUCACGCCAAUGUUUCCAUUGCACUGUUCUUCAACGUUUAUCAGUGGUAGCUACGGGAAAAGCGCUGAUUUCUCGGUGUUCUCUGCUCUCGCGUCUCACCUGAUCAGCCCGCGGAAGACGCGGCAGUUUGAUGAGAAGCUCCAGGGCUUGUGGGUUUUAUUGACUGACACUUGGCGAAAUUUUUUGGAAUUGGAUCCGCCUGCUGGAGUGGUCUUAUUUUCGGAAAUGAUUUGUGGCGAAGAAGAGGGAGUGGGUUUUAUAUCGAAAUUAUGGUUUUUAGUGUUUAGGGUGACGAGAGAAGAUUUGCGAGGGUUUUGGGGUGUUAUUGACUUUGUAAACGUCUUGUUUUUUCCAAAAACAUCAAGGUCAACACCUUGUUUUAGAAAAAUUUUAUUUUUUGUUUGAAUAUAAUGUAUCAGGUGAUGUAACGGUGGCUAAAUUGAAGAACAACUCAUAUUUUGUCUGUAGAAAUAAAUUCGAUCCCAUAUUCACUCAAAUUUACCGAGUUCCGAUAAUUUUUCGCCAUCUGACAUGAUCAAUAUUGUUGAUCAAAAACAUGGCAAAAUUUUUCGAUUAUUUCCAGGUGUAUGGGCAAGAUCUCCACAGAAUAGCCCAUUCGCAGACCGGCGGCGCCUUAUUCCAGUUCAACUGAACCAGUGCCAUAGUGGAGAGUGCGGCCGAAAAAACGUCGCGUUUAUCGGCCCUUGAGAACGGCGGCGAAACCGACAGACUGGUGGAGAUCCGCUCGGAGAACGUGGAAGUGGUCAUCGAACGGCGACAACUCCUCGCCAACAUCUUCGAAAUGCCGGUUCAGACACGUGCGCGCCGACUGGUCGGCAGUCAGAGCCCAAUUCAACAGAAAAAGGCCUUUGUAAGUCACUUUUUGAUUAUUGUUCUUGAAUUUUAGGUUGGAAGACGGUGAAAUGUGAAGUUAGUAGAUUAAAUUUACCGCGAAAUUGAUUUUUAUUGCUGAGAAAGCGAUUUUGAUAUUAUUUCUGCUGGUAAAAACACAUUAGGUUAUUUUGAUGCCUAGUGUAAUAUAAAAUAUUGUUUUUAUUGAUGUGUUCGCCCGCGAAAUGUGAACUAUUGAGAUAUUGAGAAGGUUGAAGGUUGUCGGCAGCUGUUUACCGCGUUUGGACUUCUUUUACUAUUGAAAAAAAACGUCGAGAUUUAUAGGUCUAUUUUAAAGUGCAAAUCUGACCGUAAUAGUCUCUCUGCCGCUAGAACUGAUAAAUUUUGAUUUUAGACAGGAAAUAGAAGGCCUAAAGCUACGAAUAGACAUCAAAUGAUAUCAAAAAAUUUGAAAUCAAUUUGUUUUGACAAGUUUUUUGUCCUCGAUCAUGUAUAAUAUUCGAAAAACGUUUUUUUGAGGUAGUUUUUUUGCACGAACCAACUUCCUAUUGUUUUCAGAAGAUCUGGCAGUACCUUCGCUCCACCGUGGACAACGUUUGCGAUGCCUACAUCGAGAAGGAUUGUCGUUUGGAUCCGCAACAAAUCCAACGUCUCAGCGACCACAAAUACGCCUCGUCCGGCUACAGUUUUUUGGACGACCUGUGCAUGCAGAGGUUUUGGAACUGGGUGGUGGAGUUCUAUCCCAUGUGGUUGGCUCCGAAUUUGAUCACAUUGAUCGGACUUAUUAUCAAUCUUUUGACCGUCCUCGUCCUCUCCCACUACUGUUAUACGGCGACGGAAGAGGUGAGAAAAUGGAUUUUUAUGAAGUCUAAGAGGUUAUAGGGGCUUUGAAAUUUAUGGAUUUGAUUUUUGAGACUAUUGUUUGGAGGAUUUGAUCACAUUUGCCUAGUGUAAUAUAAUUUUUUUCGAAUUCAGGCCCCCCGAUGGGCGUACCUCCUCGCCGCCGUCGGCUUAUUCGUCUAUCAGACGCUGGAUGCGACUGACGGCAAACAGGCACGCCGCACCGGCACUUCCAGCCCCUUGGGCGAGCUUUUCGACCACGGCUGCGACUCGAUGACUCAGGUCUUCGUAACGCUCAAUUUAUGCUACGCACUGCAGCUGGGCUUCAUAAAAAACAUGGUCUGGAUCGUGGUGAUCCUGUCGGUGUCCACGUUUUACCUCGCACAUUGGUCCACCUUUUGCACUGGGCAUCUGAAGUUCGGUCGGUUUGAUGUGUCCGAGGCACAGGACACCAUAAUUGGAGUGUUGCUGACGACCGCAGCUUUCGGCCCGCAGAUUUGGGACACUUCGGUGAGUUUGGAAGGAGAAUUGGAGUGAAAAUUUUGGGUUUUUGAAAAUUUGAUAGCAGAGGUGGUCAUGGAUGACCGCCUACCGGAAGUUCGAAAAACCCCAAGUUCGACAACCAAAAGUUCGAAUGCCGCAAGUUCGAAUGCCGCAAGUUCGAAUACUAGAAGUUCGAAAAACCUCAAAUUAGAAAAACCAAAAGAUCGAAAACCGGAAGUUCGAAAUAUGAAAAUAUAAAAAAUGCAGAAUGAAAAAAAGAAUCGAACUUGCGGUGGGUCUCCGAACGCCUACCGCAAGUUCGAAAAACCCCAAGUUUAAAUCUGCCUCACACGCGAUUUUUUUGCCCUGUGAAAAAAAACUGCUGCUCUGCUCGCAAAGCCGUUUUUUUUGGUAUCCAAAAAACGGUUACCCACCGCAAGUUCGAAUCAGCAAGUUCGAAAGCCUAAAGUUCGAAUGACUAAAGUUCGAACGACCUCCAGGGCCCAGUUUAGUAUCGACCUUCAAAUCCUUCAUUUAGUGCAACAUUUGAAUAAAGCCCGAAUUUUGCUCAUUUAUGGGAAAUUUUCAGUCUGGGUGAGGUCGGUUGACUGCUCUCUCAGAGCUCUGAAGAUUUUUCGAUCUUCAGAAAAAAUUGUAAAUACAAAUAAAAAACAAAUGUUAAGUAUACCUGAGGUCAUGAACAACAUCUCCUGGGGGUUCUCUGACAUUUUCAAUAAAUGAACUAUAAUAUUCGACGAAAAAGAGGGUACCACAAUUUCUUAGUGGGCUUUUUGCUCGGGCUUAGAUUACAUUUUCGUGAUUGACAGGAUACAGGCAUAUUAGACACUUUUUAUUUGCAAAAUCAACGCAUUUUUAAGAUGAACUAUGAUGAAUGAAGUUUUAUAUACGUUUGAACUGUAAAGACAGAUAAUCUGAAUGAAAGCGAUUGUGUUAAAUAUCAAGCAUCUCGUAUUUUUCACAUUUAUUACGGUUAUUGUGCCAUUUACGAAUUGUUUCAUAACUUCGCAACUCUUUUUCACCCAAAAUUUAGAUUUUUUAGAUCUCUGAAAGAGCGGUCAACCGACCUCCCUCAGAAUGAAAAUUUCCCAUAAAUGAGCAAAAUUCGGGUUUUAUUCAAAUGUUGCACUAAAGGAAGGAUUUGAAGGUCGAUACUAAACUGGGCCCAGUUCGACAAACCUAAUCCAGUUCGACAAACCCAAACCGAGAAAGACACAGUUGGAUUGGCUCCAUGACGAAUAUUGACCAGGUCGACAUGAAGAACAGCGCGUUCGUUGCCGGUCAGAGUGUUCGGACAACCAACCUCCAUCGUAAAGGAUGAAUGAAUGAUUGAAGAGGAAGUGUAUUUUGCAAAAUAAUUAUAUGCAAAUUAUAAUUUAAAUAUUAAUUAACUUUUUUUUCAUUUUCGAACUUUAGUCAUUCGAACUUUAGGUCAUUCAAAGUUACGGUCAUUCGAAGAUUAGGUAGUUCGAACUGGAGGUCGUUCGAACUUUAGUCAUUCGAACUUUAGGCAUUCGAACUUGCGGAUUCGAACUUGCGGUAUGUCUCCUCAUGGAUAAUAUAAAAAUGGCUGAGAUUUUGUUUCUAGGUCUUUGGAAUAAGCUUGAAGCUCAUCAUGCUGGCCGGUGGAGCAUUGGGCAUCGUAAAUCAAGCCGGCGCAUAUAUCAAGAGUAUUUUGUCGGAGGGCUCGGGGAAAAAUGGAUCAACGGUUGCGGUAAGGGCGAUUUUUGGGAAAAAAUGUAUUUUUUUAUUGGAAUUUUUGAUUUUCAAAUCCGCAUUUUUUGCACUGUGCGGAUUAAAUUUUUUUUCCCAAAUUUUCGCACAGUGCAAUACCACCAAAAAUUUUGAAAAAAUGUAUUUUUUUAUUGGUUUGUUGAGCAUUGGCGAACGUGUUUUGUAAUUUUUGAACUGCUCUUUGAAUCAUUGUGCAAUGAAUUGUGUUUAUUUGGAAUUUUUUUGGUGUUUUGUCUUUGUUGAUUAUACUUUUUUUUUGUCAUUUUUGUUGACAUUUCACAGUGCAGAAUGGAAUUUUGGAAUUUUCGCACGGUGCAAUGGAAGUUUGGCUUUUUGUUGACGCACUGUGCAAAUUUUUUUUCGAAUUUUUAUUAAACUUGGCGAAAAAUAAGAGUAAAAUUUUUUGAGACAUGGCGAAGAUUUUUGGCUUGUGAUUUGGAGAAUUCAUCGAGAUUUUUAGGCCGGAAUUUGACAAAAAUAAUCAAUUUUUUGUCAAGUUUUGACUUAAAAAUCUCGGCGAAUUCUCCAAAUACCAAGCUAAAAAACUUUCACUAUUUCUCAAAAAAAUUUACUCUUAGUUUUUGCCAAGUUUAAUAGAAAUUUGAAGAAAAAAUUAUUUGCACAGUGCGUCAAAGAAAAAAUCGCGAAAUUUCCAUUGCACCGUGCAAAAAUUCCAAAAUUUCAGUCUGCACUGUGCAAUGUCAACAAAAAUGAUAAAAAAGGUCUAAUCAACAAAGACAAAACAUCAAAAAAUUUCCAAAUAAACACAAUUCAUUGCUCAAUCAUUCAAAGAGCAGUUCAAAAAUGACAAAACACGUUCGCUAAUGCUCAACAAACCAAUAAAAAAUACAUUUUUUUCGAAAUUUUUGGUGGUAUUGCACUGUGCGAAAAUUUGGAAAAGAAAUAAUCUGCACUGUGCAAAAAAUGCGGAUUUGAAAAUCAAAAUUUGGGUUGAUCUUGAGGGUUUCACCUGGGGUCAAUGCGCUAUCUGAAAGUUUGCUGAAAAUCGUAGGGCGCAGCUCGGAGAACUUGCACGGGCGCAGCUCGCGUCUUGGGCGCAGCUCGAAAAUAAGCUGAAACUUAGCUCCGUCGAGCUGCGAAAGCUUGUUUUCCGAGCUGCCCGCGAGCUGCGCCCGUGCCAGUUUUCCGACCUGCGCCCUACCAUUUUCAGCAAACUUUCAGAUAGCGCAUUGGCCCCUGUUAAAAAUUCAAAUGGAUCCGUUUCCAGGACACCUCCGUCAUUUUCCCGCUGUUCCCGCUGCUCGCCGUGAUUCUGCCCUUUUGCAUGAUCUACACCAAGUCGACGAGUGGCGUCUACGACGCGAACAUCACCCUGUUCGCCCUGUGCUUUGCGGCGGUGGGCGCGAAGGCCACAAAUCGCCUAGUCAUCGCGCACAUGAGCCGCUCCGCCAUCGGAAUCUGGGACUGGAUCUACGUGUCGCCGCUGCUGAUGAUCAUCAACCAGUACUACGACUUCUACUUUGAUGAACUCAAAAUCCUCAUCAUUGCCACCAUAUACGCAUAUCUGAGUCUGUUGGUGUUCUGCGUCCACAUUUGUCACCAGUUCUGCAAUUACUUGAACAUUUACUGCUUCUUCAUCAGGCCCGGCCCACAAAAUAACGUCCAGUUUGGGAGAAAGGCGUCGGAAUCGAAGAGAAAUCGUUGA